UCCUCUGCUACGCCUAACAGUUCCCUUUUUUUUGUUCAUUUCAUACUUUAACAAAUUGAGUACAUUUUGUACACAUUUAUUUAGUGUUUUAAAUAUUUUACACAUUGGUGGGAGAUCACUUGGGAGGACGACCAAGCCCGUGAAUCCGCCGACAGACAACUCCUAUGUAUGUGCUGGGAGUGGGAUGUGCGCAAAUCAUUUAAGUUGUGGGCACGGAAAAGUGAUUCCUCGGAUGUCCAGUUGCUUCCUCUGCAACCUCAUCUAGGAGUAAACUAGCCAGCAGCCGUACCCGGAAGUCCAGCGGAAUUGUAUUCCGGAGGCGAUGUUCGCCUACACCCACCAAAGUCGAACGCGCAUGCAGUUCAGUGGCUCGUGGCUGCUUAUACUGCUUCUUUUAGCAGGCGCAUGCGCGCGGCCAGAAACAUCACAGGACCCUCCACUCAGCGAGCAAUCCUCCUCAUUGACGCAUACCAUGGAGGAAGGCGAGCUGGAGGAAGGUGAGCAAUGGACAUCCAAACCGGCUCGUACCUUGACACCCGAUAAUGUGACCUUAGCUGAAAUAGCCAUGGCGGUUACAUCCAAUUCAGGAGCUGUGACAGAAACCACUCAGGCGCCAGCCGUCGUAACAACAGUUGAGUCCACGUCCUCCUCCACCUCGACCACUUCGGCCGCCACUCUUCCGCCGGCUGCACCUGAACAGCCGAAGUAUCUGAAGCACUGCUUCCAUGCCGAAGAGCAGCUGUGUGGCAACUCCUUCGACGGACGAGCCGAAUCGCCCGAUGGCCAGACCGCUUCAAUGCCGCAGUCGGAUUCCCAAUCCCAAAACGCAGGGGCGCAGGGCAAUAAUUGUCAGUGCAGGGAGCACCCGGUUAGGACCAACUCGUGGUACUGCUGCAACAUAUCGCAGGUAACGAUGAUCUCGAGCUGCAGCAACAUAUCGAAGUGGACCAACCUGCACGUGCGCAACAUGACUGUGAAGGACGUGGACCUGUCCAACCCCAUUUUCCGAUCACUGCAGUCGCUCGCCGUCACAGACGGAAAUAUUACGCGCCUGGUAAACGCCUUUCCGCGACACUCGGCCCUCAAGUGCCUAAACAUAUCGAACAACAACAUUUCGGAGAUCCAUUCGCGGGCGGUCAAGGACGUCCCGCAUCUGGAGUUCUUCGGCAUGUCGCACAAUAAUCUUUCACUGGUGCCCCACCGGAACCAGAACAAAAACAUUACGCUGGACAUCAGUGGCAACAUGCGUAUGUUGUGUACCCCACUCAACGAAAUCAUAUACAACGAAUCUAUCAACUUUCUGAACCCCGAGCACUCCUACUGCCAGUACAACGCCACCCGCACCUGGUUCCAGUCCACAGACAAAGUGUCCGUGGAGCAGCUGGAGAACAGAAAGCGGUGUCUGACAAAUUGCCCGGUAAUUCCGAACUACGGUAACUGCAAGUGCACCCUGGAGAACAUAAUGAUCAUACAGGAUAACCAGUCAAAGCCCCAGUGCCAUGUCGACUGCUCCAACCUUGGCCUGGUGGAACUACCGCAAAGGCUGCCAGACAACACAUUUAUGCUUAAUAUCACGAACAAUAAGAUAACCAGACUGGGCGAUUACUUCCAAACAAAUCCUACCUACCACAACAUCAACCGAUUCGUGGCCGACAACAACCAGAUAUCCUCCAUCCUUGAGUUCGAGGGCACCAAGUUCAUCGAAACCUUCCAACGCAUCUACAUGCGGAACAAUUCGCUAAGCAAGAUUCCCGAGUAUUUCCUUAACAAUGCCCUGAUGGAUUCGGGUCUGGGUCGUCGUAUCUACCUGGCGGGCAACAAGCUCCAGUGCGACUGCAAUUCGGCCAAGACGCUGCAAAACUGGCUGAAAGAGCGCAGCUCGGAUAUACCCGACUAUAUGGACAUACGGUGUCGCAACAUUCCCCUGAGUGUCAUUGAACUGCAGGAGACCAAGCUGUGUCAAUCACCUCCCGACUGGACCGACUACAUCUAUUAUUUAAUUGCCGCCGAGGUCAUCCUGCUGCUGGCUCUAAUUGCGAAGGUGUCCUACGACUAUUGGGUUUUUAAGACAGCUGGCUAUUUGCCAUGGCCAGCUAGCAAAAUGCCCAAAUUGCCUUGUGACUGGCUAUGCGAAUCGUAGAGUACAAACUUGUCGAGGCGGGGAUAUAUUCAGAUAAAAAGGAAGUUGAGUUGGCAAACAGACAAAAAGAGUCUAAGUUUUAAUUCGGCAACUUAAAUAACUUUGACUGUGACUCAUCACAUGACAGGACGUAUUUUGAUACGUGAUUUAUAUAUCCGUCUGCAAAAUUUGUGCCUUUUACAUAUAAAUGCGAAAGAUUUUGUUGUUUACAGUCUACUAGCAUUAAGAACUGUAUGCAUGUACUUGUACUUGCUGAAAUGAAGUGGCAGCAUCUGGAAAUAUAAACAGAGUAACGUUGAUCAGAA